GGAGAAUGGCAACGAUUCAAAAGAGAAGUAGAGUGUUAUCUCAAUAUGAACAAAUUAGAGAAGGAGAGUAUGCAGAUUUAAUUGAUGAGCAAGAACUGUAUGAAGCAUAUAAGAAAAUCAUGGAGAAUAAAUUGAAGCUUAUGAUCAAAAUUUUAUUUCUAUUUCUGCAUUCAACGUAUGAUAUUUAUCAGCGAAAGCAAAACGAUGAGGAGUCAUUUGAUGAGUUUCUGUCAACUGUUCGUGAAUUAGCCUCAAUACAACAAUAUAACAAAGCUGUCAAUUUUCAAGCUUUUUAUGAUCCAUUCUCGAAUCUGUCAGUAGCUCCAUCGAGUAAAGUUCCUGAUGAAAUUGAAAAUGCUUACGCUAAUAUUAGCACUCCAAAGACAAAAUACAAGAACAUCAUUCGCCACAAGGGUAAAAAGCCCCAGAACGGGUCAAAUCAAGUCCAUGACAUACGUAAGUUCUUGCAAGAAGGCAAUCGUAAAUCCACUACCAGAUAUCAUGAAACUCGUCAAAUUCCUCCAUCUCCAACCGACUCUCAGCAAUAUCAAUCGAAAUUUGAUGAAAAUUCUUCAGCUCUAAAAGAUAAAAGCAAUGAAAUUACAAUAUUAACAAAGGAAUAUCAGGAACUCACCGGAUCAGAUCCAUUUGAUUUAUCACUAAUAUUUAAAAAGACAAACGAACUAAUCCAUGCCAUGAACGAACGUCACAAUCUCCUCAUUCAACAGUUCUCAACAAGUCAAAGCAAGCAUACCGACUUUGUGACAUCUGAAAUCAAUGCACUGAGAUGUGAGAUUAAUCAAGUUAAAUCAAGUCAUCAAGAGGAAAUCGAAUCUCUUCAAAUCAUAGAUUCAUCUCGUAGUGACCUAAAAAAGCUAUGGAUUAGAUUUAAAUUCAGAGGAGAAGCACAAGAAAUCCGAGGAAAAGGAAACUAUCCAGCUGAAAUUAAAAAAGUUCUUGAUAAAAUGGGAAUAAACUUCAACCUUGGCAUACUUCCUUUGGAAUCAGCAUUCUUCCAAGAUAGGAAAUUCGGUGGUAGUUCUAUACCAGAAAUUGCACUCUGCUGUAAUUUUGUCAACUCCACAAUAGCACGACGAGUCAAAAUCGACAUUGCAAACUUCAAUAAAAGCUUGGAAGAAAAAGGUCAGCGGGAUAUGAUUCGCUACUUCACAACAGUAAGCUGGUCUGAAAAUGUCUGGAAAAUAUUAAGAAUUUGCUUUGACAUCAAGGGAAGCGGCAUGCUUAAAAGCGCUUUUGUUACUAAUGAAGGGAUAAAGGUCCAAUAUGAGAUCGAUUCAGCACCCGACGAUCCAAAUGAAACUGUCGUUGAUCCAAAUUCCUCAAAAGUUAUCACUGCUAAAAUUAACAGCAUGUCUGCUCUAGAUGAAUUACGCAAAUCCAUCGUCGAUUUCAAUUACCAAUUGCCAGCAGUCCAAGUGUAUAGCACUGAAUACUUUAAUCUGUCAAUGGAACAAAGAAAAGAACUUCGAAUGAAUUAUCAGCAUGAAAUACUUGAAGAUGAUGAUAAUCAAAUGCUAAUCGAAUCAAAUGAAAACUACUGACGGUAUCCAUUCUCACCUAUAAGACACAGCAAGUCCAAUAAUUUUAAGAACAUUGAUAGUACAACAUUUAACAACGAAAGAAAGGAAAUAAAUAGCUGUAUGCUUAAUCAAAGUGGAAAUCAUAGUUUAAAUGAAUUAAAAACGGAAUUUGGAUUAAAUCUAUUCAAUACCACUUCUAAAAACGCA